GCCGCGACUGUGGUUUAUGCGCUUCGUUUUAAGCAAGACGCAAGUAAUCCUCUUCCCAACGGAAGUUUUGAUGGUUUAGCACGAUAUCUUUGGGAGGAUGCACGGUCGGGAAUUCUAAAGUCGCACAAUGGUACUAGUUCCAAAGCCGAUACGAAGACCUGGUCCGCGUCAACCAGAUGAUGACCAACACCAUUCACGGUAACAGAAUUUUUCUUCUUUGGCACCGAUACUACGUCUGGACCUUGGAACAGACUAUGAGGGAUGAGUGUGGUUUUGGCAGAGCUUUCCCUUGGUGGGACGAAACUCUUGAUACUGGUAAUUUUUCUGGCUCUUUCAUCUUCACGCCCAAUUUCUUCGGGCCUCUUCCUACGGCCUCCAAUGGCCAUGGUACUUGCGUUAUGCACUCGCGUUAAGAGAAUGAGUUGUUUAUAGGCGCAGUGACAGUGGUAGGGGUGUAACGGUGACAGUCACUAAAAAGAAUUUAAUUUCCGAACGUCUUAUGGUGUGCAUAGAAGUUGUGCCGAGCGGAUCGUGACUUUGGAUUCAGCAUCUCGGAAGUUGAAUAGGUGUGGCAGGACAAGAUAAGCAGUAUUUUUGUGAAGAUAUUGCGCUAGACUGUGUUGUUAACAUGUAAUGAAUAGAUUUAAAAAUGCUUUCCCGUCUCUUGAAUUAAUUAGACGAUCAGUUUC